CGGUCGCUCGCCGCGGGCUGCUGGGAGAGCCGGGGCAGCCGCAGGGGGAGCGAGGCAGGGGCGGUGCGCGGCGCAGACUCUUCCCCCCGGCAACCGGGGCCGCGGAGAGUGGGGGCCGGGCAGCGCCAUGGCGGAGGCGACGGCGACUGCGACAGCGACGGCCGGCGGGAGGGCAGCCAGCGCUACCGUGACCGAGACUGUCACCAUUGAGCCGGAGAACCGCAGCCUGACCAUCAAGCUGAGGAAGCGAAAGCCGGAUAAGAAGGUGGAAUGGUCGAGUGACACGGUGGACAACGAGCACUUGGGCCGUAGGUCGUCCAAAUGCUGCUGCAUCUACGAGAAGCCGCGGGCCUUCGGCGAGAGCUCCACGGAGAGCGAGGACGAGGAGGACGAGGGCUGCGGCAACGCCCACUGCAUCCGGGGCCACAGGAAGGGGGAGCACGGGGGCCGGGGGGGCGGCGGCUCCGGGGGGGGCAGGGGCAGCCCCCGCAAGGCCGAGCCGCCGGGCCAGGACCACGCUGCAGCCAUGCAGCACUGAGCCCCCCCACCCCGCCGGACUGACCCGGGGACGCGGGCGUGUCCGUCUGUCCGUGAGCCUCGUGGCCUGCAAGCUGCUGUCGUCCGUCGGUCCCGCCCGGUGCCCCGGCAUGGAAUGUACCAAGCGACGGGCCGGCUGCGUCUCUGUGCUUCUCCAUUAAACGUCUGUGUCAGUGA